AGACUCGUGCCAAAUGUGCACAGAACACCCAGAAACGUGAACGGACUCCGUGCAGCACAUUCACUUCUCUCUGGACAGCGAGGGGCAAAAAGGCUCCUCCCUGAGAGUUUGUGAAAACAUUCCAGCAAACUGAGAGAGCUGUGAAGGAAUCGGAAACUCAGAGUAACAGACACUCAUCCCUCAAUACUUAUUUAAAAGAAAAACUUUUUGCACUCAUUGUUAUAGAUGUGUAAAGUUUUGUAGGUCGUUGUAGCAGAAGGCUCUCUGGGGAGGCAGCAAAAGAAAAAAAAAACAAAAACCUUGGACAUAUCGGAAAAGUCGAACUGUUGCAUUAAUCAGCUCACAAUGAAGCCGGUGUUUGUGCUCCUUGUUUCCACUGCCUGGACUUUUACAGGAGCUCAGUAUUACUACCAGGGCCUGAUGGAUUAUCUGGAGAACAGACUGUUGGCUAUUGAGGACCGCAUGCAGUUUUGGCAUAAAGAAACUCAUCGCUACCAUGCAGAGGCGAAGGACUUUAAGAAGCUAACUGCAGAGAUUGUGGCGGGGCUCAGGACGGAGCACAGCGAACUCUUUAAAGACAUGGAAGGAGCUGCAGUCCGUGCAGACCGAGUGGAGCGAGAGAUGGACUACAUUGGGAUCCAGACCUCGCCUCGGGCCUGUGUGAAUAAGGCAGACAAAGUGGUGGAGCAGGGAGUCUGGGGUCUGGAGGAGAGCAGAGGAGAGAUGGAGGGGGAGAACGACUGGGAGGAGAUAAGAUCCCAAGUCUCUGACUGUACACAAAUCAUCUCUGGAAUCCGAUCAGUGAAGAUCCUGAAGCGAGUGGGUGGUCCCCAAGGGAUGUGGACCAGAGACCCCAGGUCAUCCAGGGUGUACGUCUUUAAUGGGACCUCAGGAGACGUUAUCCACCAGUUUGACUCUGUGCAGGACUUUUCACAUUCUGCUGGACUUACUGGCAGCCGACAGAUCCGUCUGCCCUUCGUGUGGUCUGGCCCUGGCUGUGCAGUGCAUAAUGGCUACUUGUACUGCAUUAAACAUGAGUCUGGAGCCGAUGUGCAGGUGGUCAAAUAUGACAUAGUUAGUGGCACGGUGACAGAUUCUAGCAUGUUCCCCGUGGACAGCCCUGCUCAUGUUUACAGCCUGAACCCUGAGGUUGUUGCUGACCUGGCUGCAGAUGAUGAAGGCCUCUGGCUCUUGUACGCCCCCAGUGACAGUGAACCAAACAUCAACCUUGCUAAGAUGGACCCAGCUAUGCUUGAUAUCGAGGAAAUCUGGGACACCGGGUGCCCACGGGAGAACGCCGAGGCGGCCUUUGUGGUCUGUGGCACUCUAUACGUUGUUUACAAUACUCGCCUGGCGAGCCGCUCACGGAUUCAGUGCGUGUUUGAUGUCAAUGACGUGGUGGUCAGCGAGGAGGCCCCACUACUGUACUUCCCCAGGAGGUACGGAGCUCACGUCAGUCUGAAAUACAACCCUGAGGAGAAACAACUCUACGGCUGGGACGAUGGAUAUCAAAUCAUCUACAGAUUGACCAUGAAGAGGAAACUCCUGGUUUGAAAGUCUGCAGCAGAGUGCUGUUGUUUUCCAAAGCCUUUGCACAUAUCACCCCAGGUGGCUGAAUAUCUGUUGCAGUUAAGCCAAAGCAGACCUGGGUCAGCUGGUCACAGUAGUGUCACAAUGAAUAACUGUAAGAACAAGUCUUGUUGAUCU